AUGGGUCAGUUCCAGUCGAACUGGAAGAAGCUCGGUCCUGAUCCGCCGUCCGACGACGAACGCGAGGACUAUUGGGUUAAGUGGAACGCAGACCGCUGGACCUCCCUAGGCGAGUACGGACCACAAGGCUCGAAGUACUCCCAGAAGCUCAUGGAAUAUCCCAAUACACAGCCACUUCCCGAUGGUGUGUCGGUCCGCCGUGGACCCUCGGGAAUGGAUGCGAUUCUUUGUGCAGUGAAUAUCUUUGGCCAGGAUGACACAUACAAGCUUCCCGAAGGCCGGAAAGGAACUUAUAACGCCUACUGCCGGAAGGACUCGAAUGAGAUCAAAUACUGGUCUGUGGGCUACAGCAUGGGUACCUGCUUGGUUACGUUCGCCGACGGGAGCACUAACACCAACACCAAGAGAGAAACAAAUAGCUUUGCUGGAUGGGAGAUUGAGAGUGUGGAAAUGGUGGACGAGAUUGCCGGAGAUCUAGAGGAAGAUCUCGAACGAGCGGAAAAGACGGCCAGGCUGAAUCGGAGGCUCGUUGCCGCACGCUAUGACCCUUCUCAGAUAACAAGACACUGGGACUUCGCCGCCGCAGAGUCCCCUGACCAACAACGCCUCCGCCUAAUUCGGCAAUUUAUCGAUGUGGAUGAGAUCCCCCGCGAAUGGGAUCCGGUCAACUACGGCGCACCGCCGCCCCGUAUGCCCACCGUGGAAGAAAUUGACCUGAUCCUCCGUCCCUGGCGGUCGGACGAGCUACGCAAGAAAGCAUGGCAGAUGUUAGAGUCUGGCGCCCUUGCCCCGAUCUUUCUCCGCACGCACUACGACCCGAAGGACGACGAGACGAUGGAGGAGUGGAUCAGUGCAUCAGAGGAGUUCGAGAACCAAGCCUGGUGGGCGUGUCUGAAUGAUGCCACUCUUUUCAACUUUGGCUCGGAUUGGCAGCGCGUCUACGAAAUCAUGCCCGAGGUUGCGGGUCCGUUGAAUGGUGCCAGGUACAAGCGAUCUCCGGCAUCGGAACUCGUGGACAUGCCACGAGCACGGUUCAAGACCUGGCUGGCCAAGGCAAAGCAGAAUGAGCCUGAACGCUGGCGAGAGGACCCGCAUGCCUUUAUCGAAGUAGAGGUGGCCAGCCUCCUCCGCACAGUCGCAGCAGCCAACUUUCUAGUGGCAGAUCAAACGGCCUUCGAGACCGGCCACCUGCGUCUGAUGUAUGUGGAUUGGAAGCGGAAUGUCAUUCGGGAGACUCGCAUCUGUGUAGACGGACAGACGAUCACGGAUGUGAUCAUGGACUGGGACCAGUUGGGUCUGGCUCCUGAAUUUUGGGAGGAAGGCACUAUCGGGGACAGGUACCGCGUCACUGGGGAUUUGGGAAGGGAAUUGUAUCAAUUGAGCGAGGCAGACAUGAGGGAUCCUUAA